AAAAAGCUUUUGCAACACUAUAUCAUUAAAAAGAGUCAGUGUCAUUUUUGUUUUUUGGAAAAUAAAUUAUAGAAAUGAACACUUUUUUUUUUUAGCAAGGACUCUUUUGUGGGUUCGAGUCUCAGGCCGGCAACACCACGACUAAGGUGCUCUGGAGCAAGGCACUGGACCCCCAACUGCUCCCCGGACGCCGUGGCAUAAAUGGCUGGCCACUGUUUUUUUUUCUCUCUCACUGUCUAUGGAAUUGACUUUCUUUUACUGUCUAUGAUUGACUUGACACACAUCUACGAGUCUGACAUAUUCACCCGGGUCACGUGACCAACACAAACGAGCUCUCUCAUAUCACGUGACUCCGUGAACGCUUAUAAUACACAUAUAUUAAUAAAACACCUAUUUAAAUAAUUUUUUACAUAUAAAUGCGCAAUAUUAACAUGUUAUAAUUUAACAAAAAUCGAGCUAAAAUCGCUUUAUUUUUACACUAGUCACGUGAUUAUUCUGACACAACGUGACCCGGUCAGUCAGCGAGCGCAGAGCAGCUGAUCGCGCAAAGCACGAGUCACAGUAAAACAUUGGGAACAUUCUUUUGUUCGAGAACAAAGCAUUAAAUCGCAGGAUAAAGGGUCUAAUCUGCCGUGUGUCCAGGAGAGUGAAAAGCGGACAAUGUUUGUGUGUGCACCAGGAGCGUUCUGACAGACUGCCAUAUUCAAAGUCUCAAAUUCCUGGAAACCUUUGUUGCUCCGCAGUCAUGCAGCUGGAUCCCGUGCUGGUUGAAUCCGCCGUGGUGUUCUCUAUGGUGAUCUGCGUUCACUGUGCCGUGUGGAGCCAGCUCUCCUGGUGCUGCAUCGCUCUGGCCAUCCAGGCUUUUUACGUGCAGCACAAAUGGGAUCGGCUCAUUCGGACCGGCGCCGCUGUCUUCCAGUUCCGGCCUUCGGCUAACAGCGGCGUGCUUCCGGCCAGCAUGGUGCUGCCUCUGCUGGGCCUGGCUUUGAGGGGGCACUGCAUCGCUGUGGGGAAUGUUCACAUGGAGCGAUUCACAAUGGUCGUAACAGUGAUCGGUAUGAUGUUGGCGCUAUUCCUAUCACUCAUCGCCCUGGGAAUUACGCGGCCGGUGCCCACAAACACCUGCGUUAUAGCCGGCAUCGCCAGCAGUGCCAUUCUGUACACAGUCAAGCAAACUCUAACAGUCUCUGAGGUGAUCGAAGUCUUGGAGGUGCUGCUCAUUUUUGUAUUCCUAAGCUUGAUCCUCUUGUAUCUCCUCCCACGCUGCUUCACUCCCGGCGAAGCCCUCCUCAUCCUCGGCGGGAUCAGUUUCAUCAUCAACCAGCUCAUCAAACGCUCUCUGUCCUCCUCUGGAAACGCAAACGCCGACCCACUCACGUAUUUCCUCCCGGUCGCCGUGUUAGGGUUAGUGCUGCUGGGAAUCUUCUUCGCCCUGCUUUUCGUAUUCAUGGAAUCGGAAACCUGGUCGGCGUCGCUCUUCUUCCACACCAUGACGGGCGUUUUGGGAUUGGGGCUAUUGGUUCCUUGGCUCUCCCUGCUCACGAAGCAUCACCCCAUCACCUGGUUGAUGCAUUUCAUCACCGAAACCAACACUCGUCUUUGGCUGAUCGGAUACUGGGCGGCUUUGUCGCUUCUAGCGGUUGCCGUUGUGAUGCAUCAAAACAGUCAUCGCUCGGCCGGAAGCAAGAAGCAUCAAGCUUCGACGACCGUGCGGAAGUAUUUCCACCUCCUCACCGUACUAACCUUUGCUCCUGGACUCGCACUAGAUCGUGCUUUACUACAUCUAGCCGCGGUCGGAUGCCUCUCAGUGUUUGUGUUCCUUGAAUUCAUCCGCUGUUUCCGCAUCCGACCUCUAGGGGCGCCUGUGCGCCGCCUUCUUACUUUAUUCCUGGAUGAGAGAGACUCAGGACCGCUUAUUCUCACCCACAUCUACCUUCUCCUUGGCGUCGCCCUUCCAGUCUGGCUCACGCCCGCGUCCUGCAUCCCUAAAGGAGGAGGCCUGCUGCCGUACGCUGGUGUGUUGGCUGUUGGAGUUGGCGACACGGUUGCGUCCGUUUUCGGCAGCACGGUGGGUGAGAUCCGCUGGCCCGGCACAAAGAAGACCUUCGAGGGCACAGCAACCUCCGUAUUCGCUCAGAUCAUCGCCGUGGUGGUUUUCCUCAUCGCCGACAGCAGUAUUAACCUGAACGCCAGCUACUCGUGGGUCGUGGGUUCGAUCACAAUGGUGGCCAUGUUGGAGGCGUAUACGUCGCAGAUAGACAACCUGCUACUCCCUUUAUACCUUUACAUCCUCCUGAUGAUUUGAGAUCAGACCCGUUCAGACAAAUCAGACCAUUAUGCCAAUGCACAGAUUUCAGCAGCAUUACAUUCAUACGUUACAGCCCUAGUAUUGAGAGUCUGGGAAUCAUAUAUAUACACAGUGAAUAGAAAUGCACUGAAAUUUAUUCAAGAACAAACGGUUUCUGAUGGUAUUAUAGGAUGAAACAGACUAGAAAACUACUUGAUAUUGUAAACGACACACGAAAUGGCACAGAAACAGAUGUUUGAAGGUGAAAUGUGUAUUUUUUGCACCAGUGGCAAUGCUUGUUUGAGACUCACACGACAAGCUUUGUCCGAAAACACAGUUUGGUGCUGCUUUAAACGGACAGUCCACUCAACAAGUAUCAUUUACUUUGCCUCAUGUUAUUCCAAAUCCAUAUGCAUUUCUUUCUUCUCUCGAACACGGAAUUUGAAGAAUACUGGUAGCCACAUUUGUUUGCGUCCCAUUGACUUCCAAAGUAUUUUUUCCCCUUUACAAGGAAGUCAAAGAGAGAAAAAAACUGUUUGGUUCCCAACAUUCUUCAAAAUAUAUUCUUUUAAUUUCCACGGACGAAAUAAACUCAUAUGUUUGUGAGUAUACUACAUCAUUUUCAUUUUUGGGUGAAGUUUACCUUUAAGUAUCCUUCAUUUAGAUUUUUCAAGGUGUACAGGUGAUGAUUAUGUUGUUUUGUUGCAUUUAUAUUUUGCGUGCUCUCAAGCUCUAAUGUCUUGAAGCUUUUAAUAUUUCAUCCGCUCAAAUCCUGCGUCUGUCACUCCAGUAUAAAUGACAGGGAUUGAGUUGCACAUUAUUAAAAAAAGAAAUGGAAAAUGUGAUGCCCUUUAACGAUGCCUACACUUGCUGAGAAACACACACAAAGACACGUGCUGGAUGCAAACAUUAAUUAUUUAAGGUUUUAUUUUCUAUAUAAUUGUAUAUAUGUUUUUUGGGAAGCACAUUUCUUCAAUUUUGAAAUGUAAAAAAAUAUAUAUAUUGUUAAUUAUCCA